AUGAGGACUUUGGUUAGUGUGCCGAGUAAGCAGAUGUUGUGGGAGGUGUUCGCGGUGCUGGUGAGUAACAACCCGUUUGAGGAGCAUUUGCUCGAGGAGGACUCCGAGUUGGUGAGUAACAACCCGUUCGAGGAUGACCCGUUCGAGGCUAACCCGUUCGAGCAGGACGCGGAGUGUGAGUGGGGCAAGUCAUCGCCGCCCAGGUUGCAAUCGGUGAGUGCGGAAGACCAGUUGGAGUGUUUAAGAGUGCGGAGCAGCAAGUGGGAAGAGAUGCUGGCGCCUGAAAAGUUGGUGCAAGGACUACUGAAGUGUCGCAGGAACCCCGCGUUGUUGCGAAGCCGGGACCCGGAGAGUUUCGGGAAACGACUGGCAAUGUUUGGUCUGGUAGCAGCAAGUUUCUCCUUGGCGACAUAUUUGCUUGUCGAUUACUUAUUACCUGAUAGCGAGAAUGCGACGAUGUCCCGAGGUUUUGCCAGUCACUUCUGCACGCAAUAUGGCAAUAAGACCGGCAACUUCACCUUCACGGAGCAGUUCUUGCCCGAUGUAUGUCAAGGCGGUUCGGGGGGUCUGUUGUGUGCGUACAAGGAUGCUGGAGACACGUUAACUGACCAGCGCGUAGGCUGCCAUGUCUUCAAAGACAAACAGCUCAUGCUCCGCCUUUGGAGUCGCCUCACGCAACAACCAGACGCUGUAGGUUGCCACACCUAUUGCGACCGACCAGGUGAGGACGAGAUCUACAAUGAGCGAGUGUGGUUCCACCAUGACCAAGUUUCCUUCCAUCAGCUCAUCCGAGACGUGGUGGCGGAGGUUUUUCCACGCCACCUAGACCCACGUUGCUCCGGUAUGGUGACACCGUUCGACUUGGCGGGGCUUCGCAAAUUAGAAAAAUGCUUCUGUAGUCUGGCCUCCGUCAGCUGCCAGGUCUCCUCUGCAAACAACUUCUCUUCUACAAACAACUUCUCCUCUACAAACAACUUCUCCUCUACAAACGGCUUCCGCACACACGUGCUCGACUUGAUCACCGACGCCGCCACCUCGACCUCUCGUCUCGUUGGCGCCUGCACACACCUCUGCUACCAAGCCCUGCAGGCGGCAAAUACAGACACUGACUAA